UUUCUUAAGCACCAUGAACAACAAUACUACUACUACUACAGCUAGUUCCAGCCAAGGAGGAAGAGGAGGAGGAGGUUCGGAAAUGAAGAAAUACAAAGGAGUUCGAUGCAGGAAAUGGGGAAAAUGGGUAUCAGAAAUACGAGUUCCUGGGACCAAUGACCGUCUAUGGUUAGGUUCUUACUCCACUCCAGAAGCAGCAGCCAUGGCCUACGACGUUGCUUAUUACUCUCUAAGACCUGGACCUACUUCACUGUCCAAGCUUAACUUCCCUUCAUUGUUGCCUACUCACAUACUCCCAACUGACACACGCCCAGAUUCCAUACAAAGAGCAGCAUCAGACAUAGGCAUGGCUGUCGAUGCUGCUGCACGACUAGCAACAUAUGAUGCUGCUGCUGAUCAUGGUCAUGGUUAUAAUCAGCAGACAUCAUUGGAUAUAUCUGUUGAUGACUAUAUCGACAGUUGA